AUGGUCUUCAAGCAGCCAGACGAGCUCAAAGUCCCCGGCAAAGACAUUACUUCGUGGUACUUUGACAACCCCAAAGUAGACGACAACAAACCAGUCUACAUCGAUGUCCAGAACCCGAAGCGUCACUACACCUUUGGCCAGGCCCGGAGCACCAUCCGCAGGCUCGUUGCCGGCUUCAGGAAGGCUGGCUUGCAGAAGGGAGAUGUAGUCUGCCUGCACAGCUUCAACGACAUCAACUACCCCAUCCUCGUCAAUGGCAUCGUGGCGUUUGGGGGCAUGUUCGCCGGGACGAACCCCUCCUACCAACCCUACGAGCUUGCCCAUGCCAUCAAGGCCGCCAACAUCAAGAUGAUCAUCGUCGAGCCCGAGAUCCUCAAGCACGCCUUGAAGGCAGCUGAUGAUGGAGGCAUCCCCCGCGAAAGAGUAAUGAUCUUCGACAAUCGGGAAGGACAACAGGUGCCAGACGGCUUCAAGUCGUGGAAGACACUACUAGAACACGGAGAAGAGGAGUGGGAGAGGUGGGAUGAUGUUGAGAAAUCCAAGAACACCACUGCCGCUCGAAUGUUCAGUAGUGGUACGACUGGUCUGCCAAAGGCUGCCAUGCUCAGCCACUACAACCUCAUUGCACAACACGUUCAGAUCAACGAAUGGCAUCCAAAACCCUACGAGGAGAGACGAGUGGUAGCAACUCCCAUGUUCCACGUUGCCACUGCUCCUUGCACCCAUUUCUCACCUCUCAACAACGGCGUUCAGACCUUCGUCAUGCGUCGGUUCGAGCUCGAAGGCUACCUGAAAUGCAUCCAAGACCACCAAAUCACCGACGCCGCGACCGUUCCUCCCAUCGUCCUCUCCAUCAUCCAAUCCGACCUACGGCACAAGUACUCGCUCAAGAGCAUUAAGUUCGCCACCUGCGGUGCGGCGCCUCUCGAGAAAGCACAGCAGGCUCGCUUCCAAGAACUCCUCGCACCAGGAGCGCCCUUUACUCAAGUCUUCGGCAUGACUGAGACCACCUGCAUAUGUUCCAACUUUCCCUACCCAGAAGACGAUGAUACUGGGUCCUGUGGCAGGCCGGUUCCCGGCAUCGAGUUCAAGCUCGUGGACGUUUCAGAUGAAAACAAAGACAUCACCGGCUACGAUGUGCGUGGAGAGCUGUGCGUGCGAGGCGAGACUGUCAUUCGCGGCUAUCUCGAUCAAAAGGAGACCGACAAGAGCUGGGACAAGGACGGCUUCUUCCACACAGGGGACAUCGCCUACUGCGACAAGCAGACAGGCAAGUGGUAUAUCGUGGAUCGUAAGAAGGAGUUGAUCAAAGUCCGUGGAUUCCAGGUCGCGCCGCCAGAGCUCGAGGCGGUGCUGCUCGAACAUCCUGGCGUGUAUGACGCUGCCGUUAUCGGUGUGCAAGUCAAAAAGGACGAUUCGGAGUUUCCCAGGGCGUACAUCAUCAAGAGGGAGAACAAGGAGGGCAAGAAGCUAGACGCAAAAGGUGUCAUGGAGUACAUGGGAAGCCGACUGGCAAAAUUCAAACGCCCUGACGGCGGCGUUGUGUUCGUCGAUGAAAUCCCCAAGAACCCAAGUGGAAAGAUCCUCAAGAAGAACUUGCGAGAAAGAGCAGCAGAGGAAAUGAAGAAAGAGAGGCAGACAUCGAAGUUGUAG